GAGCAUCCCUGCACACCCCACUGCUCGAUCAGAGAGCUGUCCUGACUAAAAGGCUUUAAAAAUUGGGUUUUUCAAGCGCCACCUCUGUGGAUUGGCCCCGCCCACAACACUCGCCCAGCAACCCUCCCCUCCUGUGGCCCCGCCCCUCUGUCUGGACGCCUAGGCAGGGCGGGGCUGGCCCGCCUGCUGCCCUUCUCGCUUCCUCCCGCCGCAGGCCUCCACAGUGUCCAGCGCGCGCCUGGCCGCCUCGCUUUCGCCGCCGGCCGGGAGAGGACCGGUCAGGGCUGCUGGGCUCAGCCGUGUGCUGAUGGAAGGGACAGAAGCCCGACAGAGGAGGCUGGAAGGCUGUGGAAGGCUGAAGGAGCUGGGGCCAUUGCCCAGCCACGAUGCAGGAAGACUCCCAAAGGCUUCUGAAGAAGGACACCUGGCGGUCUCUGAGAGCCAACUGGUGGAUGCCAAAUCACUGGAGGCCCCGCCUGGCAGGGAGACGUCCCUGAUCAUUGGCUUUCAGGUGGUAAUACCCUUCCUGCUUGCAGGCAUGGGACUGUCCUGGGCUGGCUUGCUUCUGAACUAUUUCCAGCACUGGCCAGUGUUCAAAGAUGUUAAAGACCUGAUGACGUUGGUGCCACCCCUCGUCGGUCUGAAGGGAAACCUGGAAAUGACGCUGGCGUCUCGGCUCUCCACGUCUAGAGGGGCUGGCUAUGUCCAGAAGGACUGGCAUCUCCAGAUCCACCAGCCUGACGCCGCUGCCCUUGUCUCUGUGUGCUAGGCCAACACUGGGCAAAUCGAUGACCGCCAGGAGAGGUACAAAAUCAUCAGCAGCAACCUCGCUGUGGUUCAGGUGCAGGCCACUGUUGUGGGGCUCCUGGCUGCAGUGGCCUCCCUGAUGCUGGGCACAGUGUCCCACGAGGAGUUCGAUUGGUCCAAGGUGGCCUUGCUGUGCACGAGCAGCGUCAUCACCGCCUUCCUUGCUGCCUUGGCCCUAGGAAUUCUAAUGAUCUGCAUAGUGAUUGGUGCUCGGAAGUUUGGGGUCAACCCUGAUAACAUCGCCACACCCAUUGCAGCCAGCCUGGGCGACCUCAUCACCCUGUCCAUCCUGGCCCUCAUGAGCAGUUUCUUCUACAGCCACAAAGACACAUGGUAUCUGACGCCUCUGGUCUGUGUCGGCUUCUUGGCUCUCACCCCUCUGUGGCUCUUCAUUGCCAAGCAGAACCCGCCCAUCAUGAAGAUCCUGAAGUAUGGGUGGUUUCCCAUCAUCCUGGCUAUGAUCAUCAGCAGUUUCGGAGGUCUCAUCCUGAGCAAAACCAUUUCGAAACAUGAAUUUAAAGGCAUGGCUGUCCUGACUCCAGUCAUGUGUGGUGUUGGUGGCAACCUGGUGGCCAUUCAGACUAGCCGCAUCUCCACCUUUCUGCAUAUGUGGAGCACACCCGGGGUCCUCCCUGUCCAGAUGAAAAGAUUCUGGCCUAACCCCUGCUUCAUUUUCUGCUCUUCAGAAAUCAAUUCUGUGUCAGCACGAGUCCUGCUCUUUCUGGUGGUCCCAGGACACCUGAUUUUCUUCUACCUCAUCUGCCUGGUGGAAGGCCAGUCAGUGACAAACAGCAAGAUCUUCAUAUUGCUGUACCUGGUGGCAGGCGUGGUCCAGGUGGUCAUCCUGCUGUACCUGGCAGAAGUGACAGUUCGGCUGACAUGGCACCAAGCCCUGGAUCCUGACAACCACUGCAUCCCCUACCUCACGGGGCUGGGGGACCUGCUGGGCACUAGCCUGCUGGCACUGUGCUUCUUCCUGGACUGGUUACUGAGGGGCAGAGCUAAUCUUCAGGAGCUGGUCUCAGAGCUGGUUUCUGUGCCUCCCUGACUGAGCCUACCACCCGCAGGUCUCCAUGAAACUUUCCCUCAUGUCCUCAGUGGUCUGGCAAGCCGUUCACCCCUGCUGACAGGCUUCAAGCUGCUAAACACCUUCGAGGGCAGUGGCCUCAUCAGUCUGCCAGGGAGACAAGUACACACCUUGACUCUCAAGUUGGCAGCCCAGCCUGAAGUAGAGCUCUGACAUUAGGAGCUCUGCUUGCAAGUGUGUGAGUAUGUAUGCCUGGACUCUGUGUGUGUGUGUGUGUGUGUGUGUGUGUGUGUGUGUGUGUGUGUGUGUAGGGCAGGCUGUUCUAACCUGAAGAUGCUGAGGAAGGAGCCUAUUGGUGCAACCUAGGUUGGUGAUCCAUUGGGUGGAUCAGGACGGAACUCUGUGUCCCCAGGUCUCAGGAGUGCCAUCCCCGGGCUCAGCUCCAGUUCCCUGGGCUCAUGCUACUAGUGCUCUGGGCCCAGUGACCAUGCACCUUCACCCCAGGCAGGCCCUGUGUACCCCUCCUCUAUACUCCAGCAUUUAAUCUUGUGGCUGCUUUCUUUUUAUUUCCCACUUUCUCUGUUUUAUAACAGAACCUUCUGUAUAGGUUCUGGCAAUCAAGAGAUGUAUAAUAAAACAUAGCUUACGUGAA